AUGAUCAAUUUUAUAGAAAGAAAUCUAACAAGUACUAGUAGUCCUAGUGCUCAUAUCGUCGACAAUUUUACUCUUCGGAAUUCCGAAGCCAUAAUAAUGACAGAACCUUCCCAAACAUUGAUGCAACAUCAAAUGAAUCAACCCUCGCAAGGCUUGUUUUCCGAUUUUUUAAAAUUUUUUUAUCAUACCCAAUCGAGUCGAGUGUUCGAGAGUGUUAAAUCUCCUCUUCAAGACCAUCUUCAAGACCAAGAUGAAAAAUCAAUGUUUAAAACAGAACAUCGAAGAAUGAAAAGAAAAAUUUAUGAGAAAGUGAAAAAGGACAUGCUCAAGUUGAGACAAGGAGAUAACCAAGAAGACUCUUCAAAUAAUUUGAAAGAAAUAAUGAUUCCUAAAAAAAGAGAAAUGUAUCAAAUCAUGGACACUAUGUUUGCAAGACCUCAUCCGAUUAGUCUUAAAUUGGUCACUUAUGGAUUUAAGAAACUAUGGGCUACUCGAUUUAGAGAUAUUGUGGAGUGUGGAAUGGCAGCUACGAUGAAAUCUGUGAAAGACAAAUAUCCACACCAUCCUGUGAUUUAUGUUCCCAAUCAUAGAAGCUAUAUGGACUUUUUACUUUUAAGCUAUUUUUGCGUUUGUUGCAAAAUUUAUCCUUUACCAAAUAUUAUUGCAGGAGAGGAUUUCUUACAAAUGAUGCUUGUUAGUGACAUUAUGAGACAAUGCGGAGCUCUAUUUAUGAAGAGACAAUUUAAUGACCAACCUGUGUAUAAGGCAAUAUUUAAUGAAUAUGUUACAACCUUACUUGAAGAAGGGAAUUAUUUAGAAUUUUUCGUGGAAGGUACAAGAUCAAGAAAUGGAAAAACUCAUCAUCCAAAGUUUGGCAUUCUUAACAUCAUUCUAGAUGCUUUCUUAAAGAAGAGAAUAGAAAAUGUUAUAUUUGUACCUGUUUAUUUUAGCUAUGAAUACAUGGUGGAAUCGAAUUCACAUGUUAGAGAAAUGUUAGGAGAAACCAAAGCAAAGGAAACAACCAUCAAUAUGUUUUCAAGCAUGAUGCAAUUAAUGUCAGAGAAUUUUGGAGAUGUUGCUGGUAAAAUUGGAGAGCCAAUCAGUUUGAACGAUUUUUACAAUAACCCUGAAAAUGCCAAUGCGAAGAACAAUAGAAGAGAUCUAUCUUCUGCACUUGGAUUUACCAUAACCAAACAAUUGAACAAUAAUUAUAUUGCUCUGUCUUCGCAUAUGGUUUCAGCUCUACUCUUGCAAACCGUUGGAGAUGUAAGACUUUGUGACAGAAGAACGAGUAUGCCAUUAGAAUCUCUCGUUGACAAUGUUGAUUGGCUAAUGAAUGAGCUAAAAACACGAAAGGUGCCUAUUUAUCUCAACAGUAAGGAAAUGAGUCCUAGAGCUGUGGUUGAAAGAUGUUUAACCGUGUUUAAAGAUCAAAUAGAUUUAAGAGAGAAUUCUAUAUUCAUUAGAGAAGAUCGUGAAUGUUUGCUGCUAUCAAUUUACAAGAAUUCUCUUGCAUCAGUGUUCACAAAAGAAUCAAUUUUGUUAUGUGCUCUCCAUUCUUUCUUGGUUGAGGAUGUGAAUUUUUGCGAACAAGAGACCAUGGAAAUUAUUGGAAUUGAUAAAGAAGAGUGGAAAGAGAGAAGUUCUGUUCUCAGUGAGUUGAUUAGCUUGGAAAUUCAUCCAUAUGAUAUGCUUGAUACGAGUGACAAAUUUGAGCAGACUCUUUUGUACUCGAGUGGAAGAGGAAUCAUUUCAGUGGAAGAAACUUCAACAAGUGAAAGAACAAUUUCAACGAAGGUGAAUGUGAAAAUUAUGGAUUUGAGAUUUCAUGAGUUUGUUUGCUCACUCAUUUGGCCAUCUAUUGAUACUUACUCAAUGGUGAUCGCUUAUUGUUGCAUGGUUGCUUCAAGAACCAACACUCACACCUUUCCAACAAAUGAAUUUGUGAAGAAAAUUCAAGAGUUUUUAAUCAAACUUCACAAAGAAACAGCAAUUCCUUAUUGUGAAAGCGUCUCAGUGCUGACCAUCAAAAAUGCUGUUUCGAGAUACGUUACGUGGAAUAUUUUGCAACGAGUGUUGAUCAACAACAUCCACACCAUCCAAAUACGAUCUCACUAUGCAAACCAACCUAAUGAGCUUAUUGAUUGGUGGACAAUGGUUUCUCUCUACGGCAAAUACAAGCCAAAAGAAAACUUUUUGGAUGUUUAUGGAGCUAGCAUUCCUUACAACAGGAUUUCCAAGUUGUAA